AUGUCGAGUAACCGCUCUAAGAGAAGGAAAAUUAAGAAAGAACUUGACCUUAUCAGUAAUAUAUAUUCGAAAAAUGAACCAGUCAUAAGUAUUGAAACCGACAGCUGUGAAAAUGAAAUUACUGAAUCUAUUGAUUACCAUUCACCAAAAACAACAAACUUAAACUCUGAUCCUCAAAUAGUUGAUUCGUCUUAUGAGAACACCGUAACACAUAUCCAAGAGAAUCUAAAUGUGAUAGGGAAACAACAAAUACCAUUACUAUCAGUCAUUGUAGAAAAUAAAUUAAAUAAUAAUUUUGAGAAAGACCUUGCUGUGUGGGCAGUAGAUUGCAAUGUUCCACAAUCAACUGUAAACAGUUCACUACAUUUAAUGAAAAUGUAUGAUAAUAUAAAUACAAAAACUUUGCCAAGAGAUUGUCGUACACUUUUAGCUACACCACGAUUAAGUGGUACAAAGCUUCGAUAUAUUGCUCCAGGGGAGUAUUAUCAUUUUGGAUUAACUGCUGGUAUACAAAGAUUUGCAUCACCUGAAUUCAGUGAUAUACACCUGUUUAUAAGUGUAGAUGGUUUGCCUUUAACAAAAAACACUAAUAGUCAAUUUUGGCCCAUAUUGGCUUACAUUGUUGGUACCAGUAAAAUUGUUUUUCCAGUGGGCAUUUAUCAUGGUUUCACUAAACCCAAAGAUAGUGAUGAGUUUUUAUCAGAUUUUAUUGUUGAAGCUAAAGAUUUAUUAAGUAAUGGGAUUAUAAUAAAUGGUGUAAAUAGAAAAGUAUUUAUCAAAGGUUUUGUGUGCGAUUCCCCUGCAAAGUCAUUUCUGCUGAAAACGAAAGGACAUUCGGGCUUUUCAUCAUGUAAUCGAUGUACUGUAGAAGGGGAAUAUUUUCAAAACAGGGUAUGUUUUCCAUAUUCUAGAAACAAAUGUCCUAAAAGAACUCAUGAAUCAUAUGCACAAAUGAUGUAUGAAGACUAUCAUAUUGGUGGUAGUAUUUCAAGACUUAUUGAACUGCCUGGAUUAAACUUAGUUCAAUCAUUUAGUCUUGAUUAUAUGCACUUAGUUUUAAUUGGAGUUACCCGUAAACUUGUAUUGUUAUGGUUGCACAAGGGACCAUUGCAUGUACGUCUACCUAGUCGAUCUGCACAUAAAUUAACAGCUUCAUUACUAUCUUUAAAAAAAUAUAUUCCUUCAGAUUUUUCAAGGAAACCCAGGGAAAUUCAGGACAUAGGUAGGUGGAAAGCGACUGAGUUAAGAUUAUUUUUACUGUAUAUUGGACCCAUUGUACUUGAAGGUGUUAUUAAUAAGGAUUGUUACGAUCAUUUCAUGAUUCUACAUGUUGCCAUGAUCAUACUUUUGAGUCCAACCCGCCAAUGUUAUUUAGACUAUGCUGAACAACUGCUAGAUUACUUUGUUGAGAAAUUUGAAAAUCUUUAUGGCUAUCAACAUGUAUCUCAUAACGUUCACGGGCUUUUGCACUUAUGUGAUGAUUAUCAACAUUUUGGCCCCCUUGACAACUGUAGCGCCUUUGUGUUUGAAAAUUAUAUGAAAAACUUAAAAUCCAAAGUCCGCAAAAAUGAGAAACCACUAGAACAGCUAAUAAACAGAUAUUCUGAAAUAUAUAUUCAACAUCCACAUAAUAUACUAAGUGAUACAAAUACAUGUGUAGUAUUAUCAAAACCUCAUAGAAAUGGUCCAUUAAUUGGCAGUAACAAUACGAUAAUUCAGUACAAAAAAUGUACCAUUAAUAAUAUAAAUAUCAACAUAAAUACAUCUCAAGAUAACUAUAUAUUGAUUGAAAGUGGAGAUGUUGUUAAAUGUUUAAAUGUUGUUAAAAAUGAAGAUAGUAGUAUAUCACUUAUUGGGAAAUUGUUUAAAAAAAAACAACAAUUUUAUAAUAAUCCUGUCGAUUCAUCAUUAUUUGAUAUAUAUUUUGUAGAUCAACUUAGUGAAGAGUUAAAUGAAUGGAAUAUAAAUAAUGUAAAAAAAAAGUUAUGGUAG